ACAGAGGAAACAAUGAGCUCAACACAGAAGGACAAACAUGGAGCAAGAAGUCAGCGCUCUCAGGAGGCCGACAAACCUCACAGAAGAAAGAGAGAGAACAAAUACACCUGUGACGAGUGUGGGAAGGGUUUUCCUGCUAAGUCUAAACUAAAACGUCAUCAGGUCAUCCACACUGGAGAGAAACCGUUCAGCUGUGACUUGUGUGGAAAGACUUUUUCCUGGAAGCGUUCCCUAAAAUCACACCAACUCAUCCACAGUGGAGUUAAAGCGUACAGCUGUGAUCAGUGUGGCAGAGCUUUUACUCACAGUAACCACUUAAAGAGGCAUCUAGUUACCCACUCUGGAAUUAAGGCAUACAGCUGUGACAUUUGUGGAAAAACUUUCAGCCGGAUAGGGAGCCGAAAUAUACACCUACGCAUUCACACCGGACAUGAUGUGUACUGCUGUGAACAGUGUGGAAAACGCUGUACUACAGACACACAACUAAAACGUCACAUGCUUACCCACACUAAGGAACAACCUCAUAAAUGUGACCUUUGUGGAAAAAAUUUCACUCAGCAAAUGGCCCUAAAAACACAUCAACAUAAACACGCUGGAGACAAACUGAACUACUGCAAAGAAUGUGGGAGAAGCUUCACCACAUCAAGUGGAUUAAAACAGCAUGAACUCAUUCACAGUGGGGUCAAAAAGCACCUCUGUGAUCAGUGUGGGGCAUCCUUCAUCAGUGCCGGUAGCCUUAAAACACACAAACGAGUCCACACAGGAGAGAAACCAUACAAGUGCAGACACUGUGACAAAAGUUUCUCAUGUUCAAGUAGUCGUAACAAUCAUGAACGUACACACAUGGAAGGAAACUACAGCUGUGACCAGUGUGACAAGAGCUUCAGGAAUCUCAGUUCAUACUCCAAACACAAACGAUCCCACGUUACUAAUAAACUGUUUCACUGUUACCAAUGUGCCAAAACAUUCACUUCAUUAUCUGCUCUGUUCAAACAUCAGCGUGAUCACUCAGGGCUGAAAUCACUCCCAUCACAGUGAAUCUGAAGAGACAGAAAGAUUCUCUUCUGUUUUCAGGGUCUUUUGGGUUUAGGUCAACCCUGCUGGUUAAUGCAGAAAUGGUUACUGAGCGCAACCACACAGACACUUUGACAUGGGAAAAUCAAGAGAUAUCAACCAAAACACCAGGAAAAGAAUUUGGCGACCUCCAUAAGUGUGGCUCAAUUUUGAAUACAAUUUGGUGCCAUUUACAAUUAA